UUCCAGCCAGGAUGGGGACAGGCAGGGGGUCAUGGAUACCACUAUGGAUACCAUUGCUAAUGAUCGCCUUAACACACCAUAAAGCUUAUUCCCAGUAUGAACAGCAGCAAUCCCAGUAUGAGGAUCAGCAAUUUCAGUAUGAGGACCAGCAAUACGACCAACAGCAAAAUUAUGAGGAACUUAUGUCUGUGCAGCCGACACAUGACCCUCCUUUUGUUGUUUCUACCUCAGCUCCUAUAAGUAAAGUGACCCUCAUCCCUUCAAUGAGAACAACUCUAGCAGUCAAGGCUGGAAAUCCUGCUCACAAUGAGAGGGUGUGCAGCACAUGGGGGAACUUCCAUUUCAAGACCUUUGAUGGAGACAUCUAUUAUUUCCCUGGGAUGUGCAAUUACAUCUUCUCAUCUCAUUGCAAGGCCUCCUAUGAAGACUUCAACAUCCAAAUAAGGCGCGCUGUGGUUAACAACGCUACCGUUAUUCGCUACGUGACCAUCAGACUUGAUGGUGUGGCCAUUGAACUGACCCCAAACGUUGUUACAGUCAAUGGAGAAUCUGUGAAGCUACCUUAUAGCCACUCUGGAAUCUUGAUUGAAAGAAGUUCAGGUUACUUGAAAACCACUGCCAAAUUAGGCCUGGAGCUUAUGUGGAAUGGAGAAGAUGGACUUUUGCUGGAGCUGAAUGAGAAAUAUGCUAAUCAGACUUGUGGUCUUUGUGGAGAUUUCAAUGGAAUCCAAGAAUACAAUGAAUUCAUUUCAAAUGGGUUCAAGCUGGAUCCGGUGCAGUUUGGCAACAUGCAAAAGAUGGAUGGUCCCACAGAACAAUGUGCAGAUCCUCUCCCUUCAUCUGCAAGCAACUGCAGUCAUGAGUUUGCUACUCUCUGUGAAAAUAUUCUGACUAGCGAAGCAUUCAUGGGCUGCAAUGCACUAGUGGAGGUGCAGGAUUAUGUGGAUGCUUGCAUACAGGAUCUUUGCAGGUGUGAGGCAUCUGCAAUUGAUGUCUGCGUCUGUGACACCUUUGCUGAAUAUUCCAGGCAAUGUGCCCAUGCGGGUGGAUUGCCGCUUGAAUGGAGAACUGAAGACCUGUGUCCCAAGACCUGUCCUUACAACAUGGAGCACCGAGAAUGUGGAUCCCCAUGUUCUAAUACUUGUACCAAUCCUGAAAGAUCCCAGCUCUGUGAAGAUCACUGUACGGACGGCUGCUUCUGUCCCUUAGGCACUGUGUUUGAUGACAUUAACAAUUCCGGCUGCAUUGCCCUGGAGAACUGUCCCUGUACUUACAAUUCAGAAACCUAUUCUCCUGGGGCUUUCUUCGCAUCCCAGUGCAGUUCAUGCAAAUGUACUGGAGGUCAGUGGGCCUGUGUUAGUCUUCCAUGCCCUGGCAUGUGCUCCAUUGAAGGUGGCUCCCACAUCACCACACUUGAUGAGAAAAGAUAUUCUGUCUUUGGUGACUGCAGCUAUGUUCUAACCAAGGUCUGUGACAGCAACGUCUUUACUGUUCUGGGAGAAAUUCGGAAGUGUGGCCUGACAGACACCGAGACCUGCCUGAAAGGCGUAGCCAUCAGCGUAGCUGGAGGCCAGACAGUAGUUGUGAUCAAGUCUACUGGGGUUGUGUAUGUGAAUAUGAUCCUCAGCCAACUGCCUGUCUCAGCAUCCAAUGUUACCAUCUUCAAACCAUCAUCAUUCUUCAUCGUUGUACACACAAAUUUUGGUCUCCAGUUAGAGAUCCAGCUGGUACCUAUCAUGCAACUCUUUGUCCGCGUGGAUCCAUCCUACAAAGGGAAGACAUGUGGUCUCUGUGGAAACUUCAAUGAUGCUCAGGCAGAUGACUUCAAGGCUGUCAGUGGGGUGGUAGAAGGAACCUCAGCUGCUUUUGCCAAUACGUGGAAAACACAGGCGGAUUGCCCCAACAUCAGAAACAUAUUUGAGAACCCAUGCACUCUCAGCAUAGAGAAUGAAAAAUAUGCUUCCCACUGGUGUGGGCAACUCACAGACAGCAAAGGACUCUUUCAGAAAUGCCACUCUGUCGUUGAUCCAGCUGUUUACCAUACGAACUGUAUGUUUGACACCUGCAACUGUGAAAGGAGCGAAGACUGUAUGUGUGCUGCUCUCUCUUCCUAUGUCAAAGCAUGUGCUGCCAAAGGAGUGAUGCUGAGUGGAUGGAGAACCAAUGUCUGCAGCAAAUAUCAAAUAUGUCCCAAAACCAUGACUUACCGUUACAUCAUUGAUUCCUGCCAACCUACCUGCCGAUCUCUGAGUGAGCCUGAUGUCACCUGCAACAUUCAGUUUACACCUGUGGAUGGGUGUACCUGUGAAGACGGGACCUACCUGGAUGAAAAUGGCAAAUGUGUGCCUCAGACUAGUUGCCCUUGUUACUACAAAGGGUCUCCCAUACCAUCAGGGGAAUCUGUUAGUGAAAAUGGCAUCAUGUGUACUUGCACACAAGGAAAACUUCAAUGCAUUGGAGAAGUGAAACCGAAACCAGUGUGUGAUGCUCCCAUGAUCUACGUUAACUGUGACAAUACCACAUUUGAUAUCACGGGAGCUGAGUGUCAGAAGAGCUGCCAGACACUUGACAUGGAUUGCUACAGCACACAGUGUGUCUCUGGUUGUGUGUGUCCUAACGAACUAGUAUCUGAUGGCAAAGGUGGAUGUAUAGCUGCUGAAGAAUGCCCUUGUGUCCACAAUGAAGCUACAUACAGUCCAGGGGAAACCAUCAAAGUGAAAUGCAACAAUUGUACUUGUAAGAACAGAAGGUGGGAAUGCACCGAUGAACCUUGUCUGGAAACUUGCUCAGUUUAUGGAGAUGGCCAUUAUAUCACCUUUGAUGGCAAACGCUACACCUUCAACGGAGACUGUGAAUACACAUUGGCCCAGGAUCAUUGUGGUAAAAACAGUUCAAAUGAAGGAUCCUUCAGGAUUAUCACAGAGAACAUCCCUUGUGGUACCACCGGCACUACCUGCUCAAAAGCAAUUAAGUUGUUCAUGGGAAAUUAUGAAUUAAUACUUGCUGAUGAAAAAUUUGAAGUGAUACAGAGGCUUCCAGGUGGAGGUGAAGUGCCAUUCAAGAUCCGAUUCAUGGGCAUCUACAUGGUGGUUGACACCGCAUUUGGACUUGUUCUGUUGUGGGAUAAGAAAACCAGUGUCUUCAUCAAAAUUAGCACAAACUUUAAGGGUAAAGUAUGCGGUCUCUGCGGAAAUUAUGAUGGCAAUGACCUUAAUGACUUCACCACUAGGAGUCAGUCUGUAGUAGGAGAUGUGCUGGAGUUCGGUAACAGCUGGAAGGUGUCUCCUACGUGCCCAUCUAGUCCAAGCCCAAAGGAUCCUUGUACAAGAAACCCAUAUAGGAGUUCCUGGGCCCAGAAGCAAUGCAGUAUCAUUAACAGCCGGACAUUCGCUUCCUGCCACUCUCUGGUUGAACCCACCAAGUAUUAUGAAGACUGUGUGUCUGAUUCUUGUGCUUGUGACACUGGGGGAGACUGUGAGUGCUUCUGUACAGCUGUUGCUGCCUACGCUAAGGCAUGCAGUGAGGCUGGCACCUGCAUUUCCUGGAGAUCUCCAUCCAUCUGCCCUCUGUUUUGUGAUUACUACAACCCAAAAGAGGAGUGUGAGUGGCACUAUCAACCAUGUGGUCCUUCUUGUCUGAAGACUUGCAGAAAUCCAUAUAAAAAAUGUUCGCAUGAUCUACAGGGCUUGGAAGGCUGCUACCCGAAAUGUCCAGAUGAUAAACCCUAUUUGGACGAAGAUGACAUGGAAUGUGUUGCUCUUGACCAGUGUGGCUGCUUUGAUAGCAAAGGACAGCAUUACAAGCCAGGAGCAAAGAUGGAUUUUAAAAAGAAGUGUGAAUCAUGCUAUUGUUCAAUGGACAGCAAAGAGGUCUGUGAAUACGAUGAAAAGGCAUGCUACUGCACCUAUGACGGGCAAAUAUACCAGCCUGGGGAUACCAUUUACAACACAACAGAUGGUAUUGGAGGAUGUAUUUCUGCAACCUGUGAUAAGAAUGGAACAAUAGAGAGGAACAUCUUUCCUUGCCAAACAUCUACUCCUGCCGCCACCACUGCCACUCCCACCGCCACUACAGUAUUUGUAUUUUCAUCAACCACCUCACCAGCAACCACUACUCCAGUGCCUUCAGCUACUUCCCAGUGCGUUCAGGAAGCUUGCCGGUGGUCACAGUGGUAUGAUGGGAGUCAGCCAGGUUCUGGAAAUGAUGAAGGAGAUUUUGACACCUUGGAUAAUCUGAGAACUAAAGGAUAUAAAAUCUGCAAAACUCCAAAAGCUAUUCAAUGCAGAGCAGAAAAAUUUCCCAGUACACCAUUGAGUGAACUAGGCCAAAAAGUGGAAUGCGAUAAAACAGUGGGACUGAUCUGUUACAACAAAGACCAGCCUUCAAUGAGCUGCUAUAAUUAUCAAAUCAGAAUCCUGUGUUGUAGCUUUGUACCAUGUGGUUAUAUUCCUCCAUCCUCACCUGAAAUUACUACAGUCCCUUCAACUCCUAAAACAACCACAACACCAACUACCACAUUGGCUACUACAAUUAUUUCUACAACUCCAGUUACAGAAACCACGAGAAUCUCAACUACACUCCCAACAACAGUGACUACAUCCACUGGGACUGUGAAAUCUACCACAGAAACUGUUCCUCCUACUACAGAAGUAACCAGUCCAACUCAGUGUAAACCCAUAUGUAAAUGGACAGAAUGGUAUGAUGUGUCUUUUCCUACAUUGGACAAUAAAGGGGAUAUUGAAACAUAUGACAUUAUUAAAGCUGCAGGAAAAGGUAUCUGUAAAAAACCUGAACGUAUAGAAUGCAGGGCAGAGAAAUUCCCUGAGAAGAAAAUUGAUGAAAUUGAUCAAAUAGUCCAGUGCAAUGUGUCACUUGGCCUUAUUUGCAGAAAUGAAGAUCAGACAGGAAUACUGCAAGUGUGCUACAACUAUCAAAUCAAAGUCUACUGCUGUGAUACAGUUUGCUUGACCACUACUCCAGAAACUACAGUUGCAGACACAACAGUUUCAGCAACAUCUUUACCCGUUACAACUUCAACAACUACUUCAGUAGUUACAACUAAACCAACUACACCGAGCACUUCAUCCAUUCCAGAAACCACAACACUUACAACAACUAUUCCUAGUACUAAAUUAACAUCUACUACUGCUAUACACACAACUUCUACCACAACUCCAGAAGCUACAACAGAAACAACCAAACCUUCUACCACUCAAUUUACAACCUCACCCACAACUAAGAUAACAACUCCACAGAUUACAACGGUUACAAGUGCAAUACCAACAACUUCUGAAACAACAGUUCUAACCACAACAUCAUCUCCAGUUUCAACACAUCUACCAACAACAGAAUCAACAACAAUUGUGCCAACAACAACAAAACGAACAGAAAGUACAACACCUUCAACAACACUUCCCUCUACAAGUGAAGCAUGUACCGAAGAAGUCUGUGAAUGGUCCCAGUGGUAUGAUAUUAGUUAUCCAGGAUCUGCACCUGAUGAUGGAGACUUUGAUACAUUUAAAAAUAUAAGAGCCAAAGGAUACAAAGUUUGUCAGACACCAAAGAAUGUUGAAUGCAGAGCAGAAAGAUACCCUAAUACACCACUAGCAGAAUUAGAGCAAAAAGUCAUAUGUAGUAAAACAGAAGGAUUAAUAUGUUAUAACAAAGACCAACUUCCACCAAUUUGUUACAAUUAUGAGAUCAGAAUUGAAUGCUGCAAACAAAUUGUAGUACCAUGUUCAACCAGCACAAAAGUAACACCAACACAUCCAACUUCAACCUCAAAAAUAACUAGUACAAUUAUUACAACAACAAAGGCAACAACACUUCCAGAGACUACCACAACGACAUUAGCAACUCCCACUACACCAAGAUCAAUUGUGACACAAAUUCGAACAACUCAAGAGCCAUCUACCGCAAAACAAGUAGAGUCAACAACAACCAUUGCAACAAAGCCUCCAGAAACAACUGUCACUGAGAAAACAACUCCACCAAUGACCACUAAAAUCUCAACAACUAGUACAGCACCAACACGAACAACCAAACUAGUGACGACUACAAUACCUGAAACUAGCACAACAAAGCCAAUUGCUAAAACCACUACCACAAGACAAACAAAGGAACUCACAACUGAAACUAGGAUCACAACAACUUCCAGACCAAAAACAAGUCUGUCCACUACUACAUCUCCGCCAAUUACAACACAAAAGAUAACUACGUUGCAAACAUCAACAUGUGCACCAGUCACCUGCCAGUGGUCCCAGUGGUUUGACAUUGACUACCCUACCACUGGACCAAAAGGAGGAGACAUUGAAACGUACAAUAACAUCCGGACAGCAGGAGGCAAAAUCUGUUCCAAACCAUUAGACAUCCAGUGCAGAGCUGAAAAUUAUCCAGAUCUAAGCAUUAAGGAAGUGGGACAGGUUGUUGAGUGUGAUGUUAAUUUUGGACUGAUAUGCAACAAUGCAGAUCAAACAGGGAAAUCUAAGCAGUGCUUGAACUAUGAGAUCAGGGUAUGGUGUUGUAAAGAGAAUCCAGAAUGCAGAACUACUCCUGCCCCACCUCUCCCCACCAACACCACCACCACCACCACUGCUGCUACUCUUACUACACCGACUACACCAGUCCCAACCACUUCCACCACAGUGGAAACCAAGCCAGUGACAACAACAGCAGAAUCCACCACGACAAAGACAACAACUGCCACCACCACGGGUACUACCACCCGAGAGAGUAGGGCCGCCACAACAUCUACUACCAUCAGUACCUCAACUCCAAGACUGAUCCCAACCACCUCCACCACAGUGGAAACCAAGCCAGUGACAACAACAGCAGAAUCCACCACAACAAAGACAACAGCUGCCACCACCACCAGUGCCACCACCCGAGAGAGCAGGGCUGCCACAACAUCUACUACCAUCAGCACCACAACUCCAAGACUGAGCACAACUCCUUUGCCCACUACUACCCCACUGGCAACUACAACACAAGGGACAACCACGGUACCAACAACAACAACAUGUGCACCCAUCACCUGCCAGUGGUCGCAGUGGUUUGAUGUUGACUACCCCACUUCUGGACCUAGCGGUGGAGACAUUGAAACCUAUAACAAGAUUGAAGCGGCAGGAGGCAAAAUCUGCAGCAAACCCGAAAAUAUUCAGUGUAGGGCUGAAAGUCACCCCGAUUUAAGCAUUGACCAAUUGGGUCAAGUGGUCAGUUGUGAUGUCAAAUCUGGACUGGUGUGCCACAAUGCGGACCAAACUGGGAAAUCUAAGCAGUGCUUGAACUAUGAGAUCAGGGUGUUGUGUUGUACAGCAAAUCCAGAGUGCAUAACUACUCCUGCCCCACCUCUCCCUACUACUGCUACAACAGCCACUACAGUUCCUGUUACCACGUCUGUUGCAAUUAGUACUACUGCACCAAUAACUACACAAGAAAUAACACCAACCGCCACAACUCCAUGUUUCUGCAAAAUUGGAGAGCUUCUAGUUAAGCCUGGUUCAACUAUUUACAACAAAACAGAUAGUGAUGGUUGUAUUUACCAUGCCGUUUGUGGCAAGCAGUGUACUGUUGAGAGAUCCAAAGGGCCAUGCCCAUUAACAACACCGAAACCAACUCCAACAGUACAAACCACAACUCCCACUACCGCCAUAGUUGGCUGUCCUGAUAAUAAACCACCCAUGAAGGUGGGUGAGACACGGAUAGCAAACUGCGUCAAUUCAACUUGUGAAGGAAACAACAAAAUUGCUGUAAGCCAUGUGAAAUGUCCAGAAGUGCGGCACAUUGAAUGUGCAAAUGGAUACCCACCAAUAAAAGUCUUCAGUGAAGAUGGUUGUUGUUACCAGUAUCAAUGUGAAUGUGUCUGUAGCGGCUGGGGUGAUCCUCACUACAUCACAUUUGAUGGAACGUAUUACACCUUCUUGGACAACUGCACUUACGUGCUGGUGCAGCAGAUCAUACCUAAAUAUGACAACUUCAGAGUUCUAAUAGAUAAUUACUUCUGUGAUGCAGAAGACGGUCUUUCCUGUCCUCAGUCUAUCAUUGUGGAGUACAAUUCUUCAGUCGUAGUACUAACCCGCAAAAACUUUAAUGGAGUAGAAGCCAACAAGAUCUACUUCAACAAUAAGAUUGUGAACCCAGGAUUCCACAAAAAUGGCAUUUUUAUCUCCAUGGUGGGAGUCAAUAUGCUGGUUGAGAUUCCAAAGAUUGGGGCUACUAUGAUGUUCAGUGGUUUAAUCUUCUCAAUAAAACUUCCAUAUGACAAAUUUGGGAAUAAUACCGAAGGACAAUGUGGUACCUGCACCAAUGAUAGAAAAGAUGAUUGUCGCUUACCAGAUGGCAAAAUAACCAGCUGUUCCCGCAUGGCUCCCUACUGGAGAGUCCCAGAGGACAAGAGAGACCACUGCUUUGGACCACCACCUACUCCUGGACCCACAACAGGCCCACCACCAACCUGUCCUCCAAACACUCUCUGCGAUCUGAUCUUAAGCGACAUCUUCAUAGAUUGCCAUGACGUCAUACCCCCUGAACCUUUCCACAAAGGGUGUCUCUUUGAUGCUUGCCACAUGACAAAUACCACCAUGCAGUGUUCCGGAUUGGAGAUAUAUGCCUCUCUUUGUGCCUCUAGAGGCAUUUGUCUUGAUUGGAGGUCAAAGACCAAGGGUCAAUGCCCAUACACAUGUCCUGAAGGCAAAAUAUACGAUCCAUGUGGUCCUCUCAACCCUCCCACAUGUCAUAACAGUGCGAUUUAUCACAAUGGCAGUGGAAUAGCUGAAGGUUGCUUCUGUCCAAAUGGAACCCAACUCUUCAGCAACUACAGGGAUAUCUGUGUCUCUCAGUGUGGUUGUACAGGACCAGACGGGAUGCCCAAAUCACCUGGAGAAACCUGGACCAGCAAUUGUCAAGAGUGCACUUGUGAAAAAUACUCUCUUGUGGUGCGGUGUACACCAAAGCAAUGCCCAAUAUUAUCUACUCCAGCAUCUUGCCCACAUGAAGGAUUUGUACCUGUUCCAGUAAUGACACCUGAAGACAAAUGCUGUCCUCAUCUAAGCUGUGUGUGCAACACUACAUAUUGUUCCAAAUCUAUUGAGGUCUGCCCAACGGGAUAUGUCUUAAAACAGCAAAAUCUGCCAGGAGGCUGCUGCAUUAACACAACUUGUGAGAAAUUACCAGGUUGUGUUGACCAUGAUAUCUUCUACAAGCCUGGAGCACUUGUUUCCAGAGGCCUUUGUGAAGAAUGCAGAUGCUCUGUUGAAGAAGACCCAAAAACCAACUCACACAAGGUGGAAUGUGUGUCACAAGUCUGUAACAGAAUGUGUUCACCGGGCUAUGAAUACAAAGAAAUACCUGGACAAUGUUGUGGUAACUGCACUGCAGCAGCUUGUGUGUUGAAACAAGGACUCAAUGGUGUACAUAUUAUUCAGAGGGGAGAAACUUAUUACCCACCAGGAAACAACUGCACCUUCUAUGAGUGUGAUUUUAUUGAUGGCCAGUACGUUCUUGUCACUACCAAGAAAACAUGUCCUACAUUUGACCCAUCUACCUGUGAACAUGAGCAUAUUUCUGACGAUGGCUGCUGCAAGGUGUGCACUGGUCCACAGAAGAGUUGUGUACCAAAAUCCAUUCAAAAGGUCAUCAGGCACAAGGACUGUGAAGCUUCUUUACCUGUUGAGUUGACAUAUUGUGAGGGCCACUGUGGUAGCUCUUCAAAAUAUUCAGCUGAUGCUCAGGCCAUAAACCACACAUGCAACUGCUGUCAAGAAGUCAAGACCAGCAAGAGGCAAGUGACCCUGAUUUGCGCCGAUGGCACCACCACGGAUUAUUCUUACAUCCAUGUUGAGGAGUGUGAUUGUCUGAGCUCUGAGUGCUUUCCUCAGCCCACGCCCACACCAGAAGAGCAGCAGCAGCAGCAGCAGCAGCAGGAAGAACAGCAGCAACAAGAAGAGCAGCAGCAAGAAGUGAAGCAGCAGUAAGGACUGGAAUAUAUCUUUAAAGAAAAAUAAGGACCAGCAAUUAAAAUGAAUCUUGUCUUAAGUAGAAAGGUAUCCACAGCAGCACCAUGAAAAGACUGAGGAAUACUUUUGUUCACAGAAAAUGUCUCUCCCCUCACUCUUCCUUCUUCUUUAGGGUGCUCAGCAAGAAAAAUUCAGAGGUGACGUGAGACUCUUCUCAGGGGCUAGAUCUGAGGGAAGCUAUCACAGAAUGCAAUCAUUUUUAUUUCACCCCCAGUACAAGCCAGAUGUUAUUUUGGAGCACAAUCAUUAUUAAGAGAGUCCAAUUCCAUUUCAUUGCAGCUUUGUUUCACAAAAUGUUCUGUGGAAAUCCAUCACCAUUUUUAAAAUGUGGCUCUCGCCUCGCUAAUUAGUUCUUCCUCUCUUUCAUUUCAAAUGUCUUCUUCUAUGAGUUUCAUUCUAAGAUGUGGGGCUGCAAUACUACAAGAUGUAUUUGCAGAUUUAUUUUUGUGCAAAAAAGGAGGCUCAAUAAAAAAUGGUGGCUGCUGACGAAGACUCUCUGUUUACAUGAUUUCAAUAACAUAGUAAUUUUAUGAAGAUCUGAAUGUUUUUUGUAUAACUGUUUACAGAAUGAAUAAUAGAUUGGAUACACAUUUAUAUUUGCCAAAGGGUCAUAUGAAGAAUUUUUGUAAACCAAAAUAGCAAUAUAGAACAAUAAUUUAAA